AGUUUCAAUUUUCUUUUCUUUAAAAAAAAAAAAACACAUUCGUCCAAGAAACUGUGCCAAGUUUGCUUUUUCACCCAUGAACCAACUUCUCUGUUCCUUCUCUAACCUCACGCUUUCCACAUGAUCUAACAUCAAAAGGAAAAAAGCAUAGUGCCCUCAGUUUCCUUGAAAGGAACUUGUGCUUGUAAAAACUGAUACGAGUUUUGCUUGAUCCAAAGUUAUCUACAGUCUUCUUUAAUUUACAUGUAAAAAGAUAACUAAACUAACCCAGAUUGGAAACAAAGUGCCUUGAAGUGCAAGAAGUCCUCUUCUUCUACUUUUGUCACUUGCAGACAGCUUUUUAUCAAGACACUUUGAAAAAGCAGUAAUCUUGGUUUCUGUGCUAGCUGCCCCACUCCAUUUGAUAAUAAUGCAGUUCUUUUUCUGUGUUCAAGAAUUUGUUUUAUGAGGAAAUUUGAUUGGGUUUCUGCUAUGGAGUGUGUUCAAGAAGGCGAAGAGGAUUAGGGUUGUAUUUUUUUUUCUUUUUCUUGAUUCUUCAUUUUUUUUGUCCGCUGAGAGAUUGGAUAUGAAUGGGAAAAGUAGUUCAGGUGUGGUGCUGGUUGGAAAAGUUGUGGUGGUUGCUGUUAAGGUAUCAAAAGAGAUAUCAAGAAGAGCUUUGUUUUGGGCUUUGACUCAUGUUGUUCAACCUGGUGAUUGCAUUAAGCUUCUGGUGGUCCUUCCUGCUCACUCCUCAAAUAAAAGAGUAUGGGGUUUCACGAAAUUCACCAGUGACUGCACUAGUGGUAACCGGAAGUCACUAUCAGGAACCAAGUUAGAUCAGAGAGAUGAUAUUUCAGAUUCAUGCUCUGAAAUGCUGCGUCAUCUCCAUGAUGUUUAUGAUCCUGAGAAGAUCAAAAUCAGGGUAAAAGUUGUUUCUGGUUCAUCAUCUGGUGUGGUAGCUGCUGAAGCAAAGAAGGCUCAAUCAAACUGGGUUAUAUUGGACAAACAUUUGAAACAUGAGACAAAAUACUGCAUGGAAGAGCUACAGUGUAAUGUUGUGGUUAUGAAACGGUCUCAGCCAAAAGUGCUUCGUUUGAAUUUGAUUGGAUCGCCAAUGAUGCAACCUGAAGUGUCUUGGCCUUUGCCAAUUGAUGUAGAAGCGUCUUCAAACGACUUAGAUAGCACGCAUAGCCAGCUUGAUAUAUUAAGGGGGCCUUAUGUAACUCCUGCAAGUAGCCCAGAUCAUGAAUCAUCAGUGACUAUAACAGAUGCUGGAACAUCAUCAAUAUCAAGCUCGGAUCCAGGGAAUUCACCAUUUUUUCUCUCUGGAAUUUAUGGGAGCCAGAAGAAAGAGCAUCUAUUAUUCACUGAAGAUAAUCAAAGUCUGUAUGAAUCUGAAUCUGAUGCAGAUAGUGACAAGCAGUAUCCUCCUUCCACAAGAUCAUAUUAUCAGCCCUGGAUGGAUGAUAAUAUGAGCUCCAGUGGUGAACUUACAAAAGGUUUAUUAGAUGGCUUCCAAAGAUCCAAAAAUGCAGCUCUUGCAUUCACAUACAAAAGCUUGCUGGAGAAUUUAUCCAAAUUAGACCUAGAACCUGAUGUUGGAGUCAUGAACUACAGAAUUGAUCUGAAUGUAAGCAAAAGUGUGAGGGAAGCAAUUUCCUUGUCUACACAUGUGCUUCCUGGUCCUCCUCCAUUAUGUUCAGUAUGUCGACAUAAGGCUCCUGUAUUUGGAAAUCCUCCUAAGUGGUUUACUUAUGCUGAACUUGAACUUGCAACGGAUGGAUUUUCAGGAGAUAAUUUUUUGGCUGAAGGUGGAUUCGGUUCUGUACACCGAGGUGUCUUAACAAAUGGCCAGGUAGUUGCUGUCAAGCAACAUAAAUUGGCCAGUUCACAAGGUGAUAUGGAGUUCUGCUCAGAAGUUGAGGUUCUGAGUUGUGCACAGCAUCGGAAUGUUGUGACAUUGAUUGGGUUUUGCGUGGAGGAUGGAAGAAGAUUGCUGGUUUACGAAUAUAUCUGUAACGGGUCUUUAGAUUCACACCUUUUUGGGCAUGAUAAAGAUCCAUUGAAAUGGUCUGCACGGCAAAAAAUUGCUGUUGGUGCAGCUAGAGGGCUGAGAUACCUACAUGAAGAAUGUAGAGUGGGCUGUAUUGUCCACCGUGAUAUGAGACCUAACAAUAUCCUCAUAACCCAUGAUUUUGAACCACUGGUUGGAGAUUUUGGACUAGCAAGGUGGCAACCAAAUGGAGACAUGGGAGUUGAAACAAGAAUAAUUGGAACAUUUGGGUACUUGGCUCCAGAAUAUGCUCAGAGUGGCCAGAUCACAGAAAAAGCUGACGUGUAUUCUUUUGGGGUGGUAUUGGUGGAGCUAGUUACAGGACGGAAAGCUAUUGAUAUAAAACGACCCAAAGGCCAGCAGUGCCUAACUGAAUGGGCACGUCCACUCUUAGAAAAGCAAGCCAAUCAUGAACUGGUUGACCCACGUUUAAGGAAUUGCUAUCCAGAAGAAGAGGUGCAUAACAUGCUGCAAUGUGCCUCAUUAUGCAUUCUUCGAGAUUCUCAUGCAAGGCCCCGCAUUUCUCAGGUGCUUCGGAUGUUGGAAGGUGACAUAGUCAUGAAAUCAAGCAAUCACAUAUAAACUUCUGGAUGUUAAGCCAAAGAAGGGGCUGCUGAAAAACAAUUGUCAACAAGGUCUUGCAGGAGUCCAGUCCAGAUAAUGAACAGUUGGAGAAGUUUUGCGAGGGAGUGCAGGUGCAGCUUAAAUAGAGUGGUAGCAAAGAAAGAGUUUUUGUUAGGAGCAAUCUUAAUAUACUUUUCAUGCAGUAAGUAGUAAUACAAUUUAUUAGUUUGAUUACAUAUUCUUGGAUGUAUAGAUGUGAAAAAUUUAUCCACCACCCUGUCUUAUUCUUAUUUUCUCCCAAGUGAAGAUCGAAUUAGUUCAUAA